GUAGAGUCAAGUCACGUCUUCAUAUCCACAGAUCUACUUUACACGCAAGAAAGCGAAUAAGUCUCUAGAACUGAUGGAAAAAGAUGCACCCGCGAGGCUCAUUUUGGGCCUGUGCGGUUGUGCAUCUUGCGUAUGCAGAUCGAAGGCCGACGCUGCAAACGACACUUGGUCUUGAGCCUUUGCCGGGAGGAGGUACAACCUGAAAUUUUGCAACAUUAUUUUUUCACUGGCUGGUUGAGCUUGAGCUUCCUUAUGCUUAAUUCUACUAGUAUCGCCAUUGAGCUCCUGGGAGAUGUACAGAAGUCGAGCCUGCUGAGAGUAGAUCGUGAUUUAUUUUGUGUAUUAUAGCAAUUUCUAAUUUACAGGAACAGUAAAGGACAGUCAUGCACAACGGAUACGGACAGCUGACGCACCGCCGUUUCUGAAAAAGAAGGCGAGUUUAAUACAGUCGUCGACAUCUUCUGCGCAGCAGGGCCAUUCUACUUUUAGGAGGAAGUCUGGCUCUAGAUCUAGAUCUGGUGCAACAUCCGAUGUCGAUGUAGCCGUUGAAGAGGAUCAACCAAAUGGCACUGCCACUGCUGCAACCGCAAUUCCACCAGUUGCUUCAUCUGCCGUUUCCUCGUUUGCUACGACUACGAGGGUGCUCGAAGGCGGUGGUUACACGACUGCGGUUUGUCCGGAUGGCUAUUUCCUUCGCCAGGGGUGCAAUGCAGCGACUGGUUGGGGGCUCACUCCGACAUUCCGAGAUACGGAAGCGCUCACAGGCGCGCCCGCAUGUUCCUCUGUUUGCGCUAGCGUUUGCGGAGAUAUGAACCGUAUUCACGCAGUGGCCAACGGUAAAGAUGGUUUGGCGGCUAUCGGCGUGGACCUUGGCGGGAAUUCGUCGAACUUGCUUUUUGGAAAGGGGCCAGGGAAAAUGCCGGAGCCCGGCUCUCCGGAGAGUAAAACGUACACCUACUCCCGAUCCGACUUCCUUGUACUACCACCAGAUUUCGGAAACAGCACAGCUACGGAUGGCACAAUGAAUUCCACCUAUUUCCCCUUCUUGCGAUGGAGUCUGGCGUCCCCGAAACCACCUACGACAUGCAGUGGUUACAGGUUCUAUGAAAUAUUUGUUGAGAAGAUGCAGCUGCUGCUGUCGCUGUACUCCUCUCCCUCCGACUUGCCUUUAGAAGUAUGAGUAUCUUGCUAGUAGAAUUUGCUAAGAUCAUCAGCUCAGGUAAAUUGAAAUUCGCUUUGCAGGUAUCGUUGGCGACCGGAAAGCGCAGUUUUUAAUACGACAAUCAUCACGCCGCAUGGACCUGCACCACCAUGGAUUCCUGGGAAUUUUGAAAGCUGUAGAUUUAUGGCAACGCUAUUAAAGCUUUUUUUGUCAUAUUUAGGUGUGCUGCUUGCUAUUGCAAUUGCAGUGUUUAUAUUGUGACUACUUACACCGUCCUAGUUUGGUCAACGUUUUUUUUUGGAACGGUUUUGUUCUUCUCAAGGAGCUGCGACUUUCAGUCACGAGGAGAAGAACACAAGGGAAGCAACACUCAUCUUCUUCUAACACAAGUUUGAUCCUAGAACAGUUUUCGGCGAUGUUCGGGUCGAUGCCUUGCUGCCUGGGCAAGGACGUCCGACACAACACUACGGGUUUUAAGUACACGCCGCCUUGGUUGGAUCAGCUUGAGGAGACGAACUACAUCGGUAAUGGAACCAACAUGUCGAACGCAAGUGAGCUGAAUGCAACAUCCGAGGUACCCACUACUCCAGCAAGCCCAUGAUAAUCAUGCAGAAUGAUAAUAGUGGUGCUGCAUGGUAGGUGGGAUAUUUGGAAGCGGAACACAAUGUGAAGCAGCGCCGCUGCGGUGAUAGUACUGCUGAGAUUCGUUGAUGAUGACGCUGCUCAAUGAACAGGAUAGCGUUGUAGCACUUUGAAACCCGUUCUAUUUACUACCUUCUUCAUCAGAGGAUGAAAAUGCAUUUGGCACACGCUCGGGAGCUGGAUUUACUUAUCGAGACUUUACUGAUUUAGUUUUCUUGCUUUUCUGAUCCAGAUCCCCUUCGUCUUUCUUAUUCCUAGUGUUUUUCUGUUAUUUCUGAUUGCUCAAGGAAAAGUAAUUCUUGAACUCAAAGAGAUAGAGAUACUACGACCAAAAGAAAGAACUAUUCGGAUUAUGAUACACAAACACACUGCUGUGAUGUGUCCAAGUUGACAAUUCCCGUCAGCACUUCCACGAUCCCUUUCCCUCACGAAGCAUCCCCAUUCCAAGAAACAACUGAGCAUGCAAUCUGGAUCCAAACAAGGUGGAGAGAUGCCUUCCAUCACGCGGG